AUGGCUAGCGUCAACCAUGGGAACCAUCAGCAUGACUCGUUCACAUCUGUUACUGAUUGCAUCUUAGGGUUGAAACAGAAAAUCGAUAGCAGCAAACUUCCAGGUUUUACAGAUCUCAUCGAGGACUGGUUUGAUCCGGACACCGAGGUGGAUGAAGAGCAAUUUGUCCGUCGCUUUCUUCAUGCCUUCAAAUCAUCUGAUCAGGACUUCACCUACGAGCAAAUCAUUGCAGGUUACGACGAUGACCUCAAGAGUAUCUUCAACGACUUCGUUGAUGGUAAAAUCAAUGCUCAGGAUGCGGCCAAGAGGUAUCAUCCCUACACCGUCGCUGGUCUGCCCAAGAAGUUCGGCACCUUUCGCAAGGGUGAGAUCUCGACGAUCAUCCCUGGAGAGCGCAACGUGCUGGAGGAGCAUACUGGACUACUCAAAGCGUUACCGACCAGCAUCCUUUCACGAAUUCGAUCAUUUGUCGCGAAGCUUAUUCCAGCGAUGAAGUUUCCUACACGGGCGCUCUAUGUUCCGUCUUUUAAAAAUCUCGAGUUUCAGAACUGGGGUCGAACAGUCAUAAACAUCCCAGCAUACACUUGUGUACCAAGCACCGCUCAAGAUGUUGCCGACAUUGUCAGAUACGCGAAGCGGCAGAGGAUGGGUGUGCGAGUGGCUGGUUUCCGUCAUUCGUGGUCUCCAGUGUUUGGACGUUCACAACAAACAGGCAGUGAGACCAGAGGCGACAUCUUGAUUUCGUCUCUGGGGCUUGUUGAUGCCAGUGUACUGCCAAACUUCACCUCGCUACCCGCAGAUAUCUUCGAACCUAGGGCGAAGGAUCUAAACUCGAUCAUCGUUGUUGGCAACGACUAUACCAAGGGCCCCAAACUCUCCGGUGGCAAGAAAUACGUCCGUGUAGGGACGUCGACAACCAACGAGCAGUUCCGGCGAUGGUGCAUCGACACCGGCAAAGUCACUUUGCCCAUGAACAUCAUCGAGGUCGAGAUUACCAUGGGCGGAGCGAACGCGACGAUAUGUCAUGGAGCAGGUAUCAACAACCCUACACUCUCCGACCUGGUCCGCUGCAUAGAAUAUGUCGACGCAAGCGGGACAUUACGCAAGGUUGAUAUGUCAACACCUGACAUCCUGCGGGCUGCAGCCGGUUGUUUUGGCUUGAUUGGUGUUGUCACCCAUCUUGUCCUGGAAUGCGAUCCAAUGUCUUGUGCGCUGCUGGAACCACGGAAACUCCCAGUCAUUGAGGCCAUCCCACCGCCUCCGGAUCUGCCUGAUUUGGCGAUUCCCAGCCCUCUGCGACCUCAGCAACCUCUAAGCGCAGAACGAAGGGCACAACUCCAGCACGACUUCGAAACACGUGCUCUCACCACCGACUAUGCGGAAUGGUUUUGGUUCCCUUACUCUAGCGAAGUAUGGGUGAACAGUUGGCACAUGACGUCAGAUACAACAAACGCCGUGACAUAUCCGAGCGAUGCUAAGACCAUUCUCCAAGUCUUCGGAACCAUCAUGAUGAACAUUGCCCAGAACGCCACAAGUUUGUUGGAAGCCACGGAAUUCUUGCCGGAGAAGCAGACGAAACUCUUAACGUGGCUGGCUAUGAAGAAUCUGGACGACAUAGGCCAGAACGGCAAGAACAUCAAGGCAUGGCUCCCUGACGCUCUACAUUUCCAGAGAGGUGUGCAGAACAUAAGAGUCAGGGAUUUGGAAGUUGAGUUUCCACUCCAACCCAAACAAACGUCGUUUGAGGAUGGGACCAUCGUGAACGGUGUUGCGAACGGUCAAACUGUUGGUACGCAAAAGCAAGUCGACCUAACGCUCGUCCAGCGGGCAUGGUGGGACGCCAUCAUCUCCUGUUACAGUGUGAUCGAGGAGUGUCCUCAACGCAUGCCUCUCGAAAUGCGUAUCAUGUCGUCGUCUCAAGUCACAUUGGCUCCACAACGGGGCCACCAGUUGGGGACGUGUUCGAUCGAGAUCCUCACUCUGCACUCCGUAGCGGAUAUCUGGCAACCUUACGCGCAGAAGGUGCUGGACAAAUGGUCCAACUAUCGAGAUCCGCAGGGGAAGUUCGUCCCGGUCCGCCCGCACUGGGCAAAAGAAUGGUAUGGCUAUACGAUCCGAGGACGAAAGUGGGAAGAAGUUCUCAAGACGGAAGAGAGUCAAAACGGUGGAUUCAAGAAGGAGAUUGCAGAGUGGAGAGGCUUAGUUGGCGAUCUGGCGGCGAGGGAUGGCUGGAGAGUCGAAGAUGCUAGAAUGAGGUUUGGAAAUGAGGUUUUGGACACUUUGUUUUGGCUUGAUGGCGAGGCCUUUGAUGGCGGCAAGGUCUUGAACGGCAUGGCUAGGUCGAAGACGACGAGGAAUACGAAGUCUAGAAGGCAGUUCUGGUCGCAGUGCUUCGGUAGGUGA